AUGGCGCAUCCAUACCAAAGAAGAGACGUGAAGCGAAUAACAAAAGCCAAGAACCAGAGCAUGGACGUGGUAAUGGACUUUUCAGAAAGUGCAUCAUCAAAGAGCACGCAGCCUUCACCUCACCAGAUCGAAGAGGCCGCGAAAUUUCGCAAAGCUGAAAAGCUUAAGAAAGAUGCACAGCAAGCCCUGGAGAAAUAUCAAAUGGAAACAGGCCAUGAACAAAGGUACGAAGCAGUAAUUUUGACCCUAAAAAGUCGACUAAAACAAUAUGCGGAAAAGUUUGCCGAGGGGCAACACAUUGGCUCGCAGCAGAGAUUACAUAUCCAAACUCUUGAACAAGCACUCUUUGAGGCAACACAAAAAGAGCAGAUACAGAUUGCAGAAGCGGCUACUCAGUUAGUGGAGAGCCAAUGUACAGUUCAAAAUGUGGAAAUGGAACGUUUAAAUCGGCUUUUGACUGUCUACGAAGAACAGCUUGCAGCGGGCCAAGCUCUCGACGCAAAGCAGCAAGAACAGACCCGCAGCCUCAGAAGAGCACUUCACGAUGAACUGAAAACAGCCGACAUAAGAGAGAAUUAUAUCUUUGACCUCGAGAGCGACCAUGCUCAGAUUCAGCAAUUGGGUGAAGUUUUCAAGCAACGGGAGCGCAACCUUGAGUCUGAGCUUAAAUUCAUGAAGCAACGAGUGGAUCUGCUAGAACGCGAUCUAGACAGCAUGAUUGAAAAAUCUUAUAUCACCAAUAAUCGCUACUACAACAUCUUCUGCGAAGAAAUAUAUCAAUGGAAGAAACUGAGAGAUCUGAUAUUAUGUUCAGAGCCCAAGAAGUCCUUCUGGGAAAAAGUGAAUUCAUAUGGUAAUUUCAUGGAGAAGACAUUGAUGUUGUCAGAUGAGGCUGUCAGGAUAUCUCAUGAUCUCCUCCUGAGAACGGAGUAUAUUUGGUGUCGGCAGCUAGUCCAACAGCUCGAGUUAGCGCAGGGUGGAUAUUCAUCAUUCGGUGAAGUGAUGAAUUUCCAACCACUGUCCGUGAGCAGUCUCUAUCAAUUACCAACCAAGGAUCCUGAGAGUAAUUCUGACUCUGAUGUCGAGCAAGACAACGAUCUCAAGUUUUUCCUCUCACCCGGCGCGUCACCCGGCGCAAAAAGUGUCGAAUUCACGAGUCUUAAUACGUUUGUUGAGAAUAAUGUUAAACGAAAGUCUUCACAAUACUGCAAUGAUACAGAUGAAGAAGACUCCGGAUACAUGACCGACAUGGCUACAUUCGCUGGAACGAGCGUUUACCAAUACACCAGUCCACCUAGCCAGCGCCCCGAGUCGAGCUAUGUAGACCACCUCGGCCUCCAAGGCUUCCAACCUAGAGAAAGUAUUCCUGAAGAGAUCAUUAUAUCCCGAAGUGACAAUGCCGCACGUGCAGCCAUUGCUUCUCGAAAGCGCCUGAACAAGGGGGGCUCCCAAUCCCAUACUCACAAUGUGGAGGCAGAUCAGCCUCUGAUCCAGCUAUCAUUGGGCAAAAAGCGCAUUGGGACAUCUAACAGUCCCUAUAUGUAUCCUGACAUGGGCCCGAAGAACUCAUUUAUACACAACCACAUGCGUAGAACAAACCAGCAUGAUGUUGUUAUACCACGCACCCGAACUAGAGGACAGGUCCCAGAGCGAGUCUCAAAGGCAAACCCGGCACGAUUCUCUCAGUCAAAACGUCGGGAGCGACAUCGCUCACCAGUCAAGCCAUCACCGGCGCUGGCCUCCUUAUCAGAGAAGGAACUGUCACGCAUCGUUUCUGUUCAGACGACGGCUGACUCCAUGGAGACAACCACGAAGACGAUGGGAGAUGUCGGAGAGAGCGCCGCUAAGUAUAGCCUGGCAGGGUGGGUCUGGAUAUAUUUCAAGCGGCGGCCAAAAUCAUUGGUCCAGCCAUUGAUUGGUAUUGCAGUCUGUGUUGCGGCCAUGUACCUCAUCGCGGAUUGGCGGCUUUAUCGGGAGUUUGUCGCAGCCAACACGGCGCCCGAUCGGAUGAUGGCUCGCAUGCGUCGAGCUCAAGCGGAAUACCGAGUGUUAGAUUCGCCUUAUAGCAAUGGACGGUGGAAAAACUGGCUAGAUGUCGAUCGGGUGGCAUUGCAAUGA